AUGUCUUCUACUUCCCCCACUAAUCAACAACCAUCCAAUUUAAUUUUCCUUCCACCCCCACCACCUUCUCCAUAUAUUUUUCAUUUAAAUUCAACAAAUAUUCCUUUACUUCCACCAACAACAAAUCCAAUAGAAGAACAAUUAAAUUUAAAUUUAUUAAAUUCUUUAUUAAUUAAACAUUUCCAACAACAAAAUAAUUUUAAAAAUUCUUUUAAAUUACCUAAUAAUGGGCAACAAAUAAAUAAUAAUGAAUUUAAUAAUAAUAAUAAUUCUUUAUUUACUAACAACAAUACUAAAGUUGAAGAUCCAUUACAAACAUUUCAUCCACCAAAUAAUAUAAUUCUUUUACCUGUUGGUUGUCAUUCAUUGCCAGAUGAGAAACAUAUACAAUUAUUAGGGGCACCACAAACAAUACUUCCAAUAGCCGUCCAUUCAAAUGUUUUAAAUACUUUCCCUAUAAAUCCCGUAAUUUUGGAAUCAAAAAUUUCUUCAAAAAUUUUAUUUAAAAAUUGUUGUAAUCAAAAACAAAAUUUAUUGUGUCAUUUACCUAUUGCUAUAAAUAAAACAAUUAAUAAACAACAAAUAAAUACUCCUAAAAAAGAACAAAAAAUAAAUAAUUUUAUGGAUGUUAGUUGCCAAACAGAAGACAACAAUAAUUAUUUAAUAACUACUUCCUCCUCCUCCUCAACUUCUCCUUCAACUUUUAACAACACCAAUUCUUCAAUAAACAAUUUUGGAAUUGAACCUUUAGAUUUAUCAAUAUCUACCAACAAUAAUAAACAAAAACAAUAUUUAAGAAAAAGAGCAUCUACAACAACAACAACAAUAUUACUUCAACAAUCUUGUAAAGAUUUAAAUAAAAAAGAAGAAAUUACAACAAAAAAAUCAAAAAAAGAUUUAAUUAUUUUUAAUAACCACAAACCAACAAAUUCCCCCUCCCUUUCGUCACCCAAUACUUCCAAAAUUAACACAAAUAAUUAUCAAAAUGUGAAUUAUGAAUAUACAAUUAAAAAUGCCAAUAAUGAUAAAACAAAAAUAAAAACAUCGCCACAAAAGAGGUUUCCCUGUGAUUGUAAGAAAGUUAAAAGAAAAUUUUGUUAA